AUGCGCACAACCUCUCUUGAGACAGGGGGAGCUGAGACAGAUGGAAAGGGUGAUGGGUGGGCAGGCACCAACUCUGGAGCUCUCAGAGGCCCAGGAAAAGGUGUCAGUCGGGAUCUCCGAGUAGUCUGGCCCUGCUCAGGAGAGCACAGCCGCUCUGAUGGUGGCGCUACAGUUCCGGACCUGUGGGGCCUCCGCGGGGCCAAACGGCAGACCGAGACAGUAUCGGGGCCGGGAAGGUCACCCACCCCUAAACGGAGAGGCACCAGGCCCAGGAACACCCCAUGGGAGGCCCCUUCCCAUCCCAUGUGCGGAGACUCACAGGGUCUUGCUCCUGGGCUCGGUACCAUGAGAGAGGCAGCUGGUCCCGAGUUCAGGACUCCCUAAGAGGAUCCUUAGCUCCUCAGAUCCUGCAGAAUCCCACCUCUGCCCCAGUGGGAGCCAAGGCCUGGUCGCCAGAGGGCCUGUCCGCCGGCAGAAGGCUGUGUGCAGGACCCACGCCUCCCAGGCUGGCGAGCGGGAAGCGCCUCGGGGCUGCGCUCCCGCGGGGCCGCGCUCCCGCGGGGCCGGCCCCUGCCCUGCCCCUAGCCCGCAGCGGCGCGAGUGGAAGCGCAUCCCGCUCUUUCGUUUUCGUUUCCCGGAAGGAUAGCGAUUACCGGAGCGCCUGGCGCCCCUGCCCGCCUGCGGGGGACCAGGGCGCACACGCCUUGGCGCUUCUCGAAAGACAUUUCCUCCCACGCGACCUUCCAGUUCUCGGAGCCAGGUUAGGGGUUUGGGGGAGGAGGACUGGGAGCGCGGGCCUAGGGCCCCAGCAGCCACAGCCAGGGGAGCGCUCACGACAGAAAGCCGGUGGCUUCCUCACCUACACCUGUAAUGCAGGCAUCCAGCCCGCACUGUGGAGCAGGGAGGACGUGCUGCACUGGCUGCGCUGGGCAGAGCAGGAGUACUCUCUGCCAUGCACCGCGGAGCACGGGUUUGAGAUGAAUGGACGUGCCCUCUGUAUCCUCACCAAGGACGACUUCCGGCACCGCGCGCCCAGCUCAGGUGACGUCCUGUAUGAGCUGCUCCAGUACAUCAAGACCCAGCGGCGAGCCCUUGUGUGUGGGCCUUUUUUUGGAGGGGCCUUCAGGCUGAAGACACCUACCCAGCACUCUCCUGUCUCCCCGGAAGAGGUGACUGGCCCUUCUCAGAUGGACACCCGAAGGGAACACCUGCUGCAGCCACCAGACCCAGGGCUUACCAGCUCCUUUGGCCAUCUGGAUGACCCUGGCCUGGCCAGGUGGACCCCUGGCAAGGAGGAGUCCCUCAACUCAUGUCACUGUGCAGAGCUCACCUGCAGGACCCAGGGGGUCUGUUCCUUCCCUGCGAUGCCACGGGCCCCCAUUGACGGCAGGAUCGCUGACUGCCGGCUGCUGUGGGAUUACGUGUAUCAGCUGCUCCUUGACCCCCGGUAUGAGCCCUACAUCAGGUGGGAAGACAAGGACGCCAAGAUCUUCCGAGUUGUGGAUCCAAAUGGGCUCGCCAGACUCUGGGGAAAUCACAAGAACCGGGUGAACAUGACCUAUGAGAAGAUGUCUCGUGCCCUGCGCCACUAUUAUAAGCUUAAUAUCAUUAGGAAGGAACCGGGGCAGAAGCUCCUGUUCAGAUUUCUAAAGACUCCAGGAAAGAUGAGCCAGGACAAGGACAGCCACCUGGAGCCGCUGGAGAGCCACGAGCAGGACAGAAUGGAGUUCAAGGACGAGAGGCCAGAAAUCUCUCCGUGAGGGGCAGGUGGACUCCGGGCACCCGGUACCGAUGGGGCAGGGACCGAGUCUCCUAUGAAGGCAGCCUCCUCCUCCCAGCAGAGCAGCAGGAUCCCCAGCCAGAUGCUGUACCCACAGGAUUACAGCCAUUGCUUGGGAGGGCUGGGAGGCCUCCCAUCCGGGACACUGGGGGCAGGAGUGUCAUCUUUUGGGCAGGGCGAUCCUGGGGCUAAAUGGGGUACAGGGGAGUGUUCUCUCUCCUGCUGCAGCCCCGGGAGAGAAAGCCAGGCACCGAUAGAGCAUCCAGCUCCACCCCUGUAAAUGGAAUUUCCAGGAUGAAGGGAAUGAGGUCCCUCACUGAGCCUCAGAUUUCCUCACCUGUGAAAGGGGCUGCUCCUGAAAACCCCAACCUCAGGGCUGAUGCAGGAAAUGGGAAAAAGUAUCAGUGCUUUGAGGCAGCAUGGACAGCCUCAGUAAUAAUAAAAACAAUGCUAGCUGG